GGUCUUGGUCUGCGGUUGUAGACGCUAGCCACUAACAGAACUUUAUUUAUAUGUCAAAUGUCAAUUUAAGUUUUAAGUACCUACUAGUUCUUAGAAUGUUAAGAAAUAUUUUUAACAAAAACAAAUCAUAAUAAUACCGCUAUGUAACACAAAUGUAAAAUAAAAUAUUAAAAUGGUAUCUAAAGAAGUUAGUACCUGGAUGAUUGCGAAAGACUUGUGUAGAUGCUGUCAUGCUGAAGGAGAUUUUUUCAAUUUGGCGACGCCUAAUACAUUUAAAGAUCGAGAAGAAAUAUACUCCGAUAUGUUAAGAACCUGUUUUGAUAUAGAGAUUGAUCCUGUGCCAGGAGGUCUCUGUAUUCCAACAUACUCAAUAUGUUCAAAAUGUGUUGUGAAGUUACGGGAAGCAAUUAUUUUCAAAGAGCAAGUGUUAAAAUGUGAAGAGAAAUUCUAUGAAUUAUUAACAUCUUCAUCAAUUGCUGUGUCGACCCAAAUUAAAAAGGAACCUGAAAUGGAUAGCGAAGAUUACAAUGAUGAUAUGGAUGAUGAUUUAGAUGAUGAAAUGGAUGAUUAUAUAGAUGAUAUGGACAAUGACACGGACACAAUUGACACAGAUUUAAAACUCGAACCAGGGGAACAUCAGAUUGAAGUACACCUAAAAAGACCACUUAGAUCAAGAAUUCAAAAGACAACGGAAGUGACGAAGAUUAAAGCAGCGCAGGAGCCAAAACCAAAGCCGAAGCCGAAACCGAAAAAGCCGCCGAAAGAAAAGACAGUGAAAAAUGAAGAGAAGAAAGUGAAGAAGGAAAAAAAGAAAGAAGAUAACACAGAGAGAAAAGGCACGAAGCCAAAGUUCUCCCUCCGGCCGGGCGAUUUUACAUACACUAAUGGGACCUAUACCUGCACCCUGUGCGACACCCCAUACAGCGCAAUCCAAUCCUUGAGGUAUCACAUCCGCUCGAAACACUACAAGCUACCGAAAUAUAAAUGCCAAUAUUGCGACCAGGAGUUUAUGACGCUACCACCAUUUGUGGUGCACAAACUGAACGAUCAUAAUGUUGAUGAGCGGUACGAGUGUACCGCAUGCCAGACUAAGUUCAACGCGCCGAGUCAGUUACGGAAGCAUAUAAAUGGGUUUCACAUGUUGGGGGAGAAAUAUAAGUGCGAUUCGUGUGAUUAUGAGACGUUCAGUUUCGAAACGUUGUAUAAACACAAGUUUAAACAUAAGACGGUGAAGGACUACCAUUGUAGGUUUUGUAAGAAGGCGUUCUUGAGGAAGGCAACGUUGGAGCUACAUGAGAGGAUACACACGGGGGACAGAAGGAAAGUCUGUAAAAUAUGUGGGCAAGCGUUUGUUCAGAAGGCCAGUUUAAAUUAUCACAUGACGAAGUAUCAUCCGAAUGUGAACUUUUAGAAUAAUUUAACUAGCAAAUUAUUUGUACAUCGUAGGCGGUUGUCGUGAGAUUUGAAUACACAAUUUUAUUAAACGUAUCAAAGAAAUAACAAUAUGAACAAGACAUCACGGAGUUGACAAAAUGUUUUGACAGUAGUCACAUCACAAUAUUAUACAUCAUUUAGUUAUUUAUUUCUUUAAUUAAAUACAUCACAAUGUCAACUAACUAUUAUUCCAUAAGUAGAUAAAAGAAACCAAUCGCAAUAUCAUAUAGAAUUAAUUAAAAUUAAAAACUUGAUGGUUCUAUAAAAAAUGAAGUUAUAAUGUCAUAAGUAACUUUAUAUAUUUUGAGGGU